AUGCAAAGAAUUGGGACUGACCGCAUUCUCAUUUUGGUGCUGAUGGGCACACCGGGUUCGGGGAAUUGCACUUUUGCUGCGAACUUGAAGCUAAACUGCCGACCAGAAACGCGUGUGGACAUUAUUUCGCGAGACGACCUCACCAGGCGCUGGGCCUGUGUGAAGCAAUUUCGGGAGCUUAAUGAAGACUUUUUGUCGGGCAAUACAGACAGACCUUUCAGUAAUCUUGACGUCACAGGCGGCGUCGUCGUGGACGAAAGCGAAAGGAAAGAAGAGUACUGUUCAGAAUACGAAAACCUUCUCCUGAUCAUCGCCCGGUGCAACAUCGAUUAG